AUUAAUUUCCGCGUAGAAGAAGAGUCUUUCUGGGGGGGAAGGAAGUUAUCGGGCCCAACAGCUAUUUUAGACAUCAAGCGAGGUGGUCGCUCGUUAUUAAAGUACCAGUAUGUCAAUCCAUCGGUUUUAGCGACAUGCCUUUGCUAAUUCAAAACAUACGAGUCGAGCGUAUAACUUCGACCGGAGAACUCUUCGACAAAUAUCCAAAUUUACAGGAAAAUGCGAAAGCCUUUCGUUCUCAGCCGAUCAGUAAUGUUGACCCCAAGUGUCUCCUGUACGUCCAACAGAGAGAGUUUGCUGCAACGACACCGGCAGAUAAUAAUGUUUCAGUGAUUGGGUCUGACGAUGCCACCACCUGCCAUUUGGUUGUGUUACGGCAUACAGGAAGUGGAGCUGUUUGCCUUGCACACUGUGAUGGUUCCAACACUUUUGCUGAAGUCCCCCUUCUUAUCAAGUCAGUCACAUCGCUGAGUGCCUGCUGUAAUGAGGGCAGUAGACUUGAACUGCAUCUUGUUGGUGGAUUUAAGGAUGACACAAUGACAUCCCAUGAACUCAGCCUUAAGAUACUGGCAGCUUUCCAGCAACUGAAAGAUGAUAUCCAUCUGCAAACAUGUUGCAUCACAGAAAUGAACGAUGUAGUCGUCAAUGCUGUUCAUAAACCUGCAGUUUAUGGUGUUGGUGUAAACGUUAAGACAGGCAAAGUGUUCCCUGCUACUUUUCCUUAUAAAGGCCCAGCAGAGGACCUGCGGUCAGCACGCACCUUCACAGGGGGACAGAUGGUUGACAUUUAUGACUCUAGUCGAGGACUUGUAGAAGUCGGCCCUUGGAAGUGGUCACCUAAUAUGGAAAUUGCCUUUUGGUUGUCACAAGACGAUGCCGUCAUUUUACAGUACAUGUCCACAUCACCAAAGGCUGAGCCACCGCACUUUGUCCACCACAUCAAAUCCACCAUCCAGUUCCUUCUAAAGCACCCAAACUCUGAUCGUCUCUUCCCUGGGGGUCAGCCGCAGCUCUACCACAGGUCUGAAAACGGAGACUGGGAGAGAUUUGCCUCUCAACUUGAUUCUUGAUUCUCAAUGACCAUCCAUUCACCAUCUGCUAUCUCAUUGUGUCCUAAACUCGACCUUAAGUCUGUUGAACGGCUAUAAUAACUCAUCUGGCUGGCCCAGUAGAGAAGUAGAAACAAACUGCAUUUUGUAAUUGUAUGUUUCCACUCAUGCGAGUUGAUGGAAAACCUGCACCUUCCAUCUCCUUCUGUGUCAGAUCAAUGUCUCACUAUGCCUCAUUAUUGUAAUUACAUUAUUUGUGAAACCUUAUUGUCUUUAUUGCAAUCAAUAAAAUUAUUUUACGGA